AAUAUAUUGCUGAAUGGCAUGCAUUAUGACAGUGACCUCAGUGGCAGCCAUGAAGCAGCAGACUCUCAAAUGUCAAUAAAGCUGCUCUGUACCGCCAUCUAUAGGAUGCCUCCAUGUUUACGAAGCCUGUGCACCAACCAUUUCCUGGGUUGGUUAUCGUUCGAGGGGAUGCUGCUCUUCUACACAGACUUUAUGGGGGAGGUUGUGUUUGGUGGCGACCCAAAGGCCCACCACGAUUCAGAGGAGUACAAGCGCUACAAUUCAGGCGUCACCAUGGGCUGCUGGGGGAUGUGCAUCUAUGCAUUUAGUGCUGCUUUUUAUUCAGCCAUUCUUGAGAAGCUGGAGGA